AUGGAGCCUCCACCAGUACCUUUUGAGGAGGAGAACCGCAAUCUUCGGCGUGAUGUCUCACAUUGGACGCGACUCUACGCUAACCUGACCGCUCGUUUCGAGAAGGACGCAGUGCUCAGAGUACAGGAGAUCUCUGCAUACGAAGAGAAACUCAUGGGCAUGCAAGAAGUCGUAGAAAGGCUUGAGCAGCGCUGUCAUGUCUUGGAAUCACGUCUCGAGGACGCGCGUCGUGCUUCCGCUGAGCAUCAAGAAGCGCGCGAGCGUGCCGAAAGCCGGCUCGCGGCCACAGAGCAGGAAAACAAGGAGCUGGCGAAGAAGGAGGAUGCACAUCUGGAAGCUUUGAUUAAGCUGACACUUCAGUACGAGAAAGAGUGCGACAAGGUAGUUCAGAAGGACCAAGCGAUUAUCAGGAUAGACAGAUUGCUACAGGAUGAAUUGGAUCGGAACGAAGUCGAGCGGCGUCGAGCGAAGGACAAGUAUGACGAAUUACAAGCAGAGCGCGAUGUGAUAGAAACCGCGCGCAAGUCUCUGGAAGAAGAUCUUUCCAUCCUCCGGACUAUGCUCGCCAGUUCCGAACAAGAGAACGAGGACCAGCGUACCCGCAUCGAUGCUUUAGACCGCGCACUAGAAGAGACAGAAGGACAGCUAAGGGCUUCAACCUCCUCCUUCGAAAGGGCCAACGCCGAACUUUCAGAGCUUCAUCGUGUUUGUGCAGAUGACGGAGAGGAGCGCCAAAGACUAGAACGAAAAGCGAGCGAGCGAGAUGACUUGCAGGAGCGUACCAGGGAGUUGCAGCGGGAACUCCUCCAGCUCAGAACGGAGCUGAAGACAUCAAAAGAUGAUCUGGCUCUUACUAGAGAUCGGCUGAGGACUUCGGAGACUACCAUCGCGAAUAUGACGAAGUCGGACUCGUCCCAGAAUCCUUCCAUACGUGCGCCUUCGAACAGUGAUGUAGUUCUGCCGGAAUCUCCUGCCAAUGCGUUGCUUUGGGAGUUAACUUCUUCCAAGUCCCCUGCCAAAGGGACAGCGAAGGCACCCAAUACGACCUUAGAUGAACAGCUGGUUGAAAGCACCAUGAUCUCGCGUAUGCGUCUUAGAGAUGGCACCAAGCCUGUACCUCGCGUUGUAGUUGACACGGACGAUGACGAUGACACCGAGCUACAAGCGCCAGCUGAUAUCAGUAACGAGACAUUGAUUGUGGAGUCCACGAGCGGGACGAAGCGGCGCCAGGAGAGAACAGAAGAAAUAGGGAUUGAGGCAGACCGUAUUACUCUUGCCGUCGCCUAUGAAGCACCCUGGCUUUCCCGGAACUACACACAUUGCGAACAGAGUGCAGAGGGACAUCCCUUUCUGCAUUCGAGUGUAAGAAGGUCGGCCUCGCAGGCUGGAAACGCGCCUCCUAAGCGUCGCAAAGUUGAGAUAGACAAUCAUCCGCAUGACAAGAUCUCUGCUCUCAGGAGCGCCGUCCCGUUCCUCACCGAGCGUGCUCAAUCCGUGCCUGCGUUUCCGGUAAAUACCGUCGUAAGAAACAAGCUCCCGUCACCAGAACACGCCUACGCAGGAUAUGUGCCCCGGACCAUCUUGUUCAAGAACUACCACGCCGUUAUCAGCGAUGCAUUACCAACAGUAUGCGUCGAAUCGUGCACGAUAGUCGGCAUCAACCAUUUGCGAAACUUCACCAUUGGAUCGAUGCAACCCACACAGGCCCUAUUCGCUAGAUAUGACCGCCAACCUGGGCUUCCUGUAACUCCUGGAGCGCCAGGAACUCUUCUGGUCACGCAUAUUCCAACGCCAAUGCCGCAUGGACUGCCAUUACUUGCAGCUCCACCUGGUCGCGGCGACACGCGCUGCAUCUACCUCGGCGACUAUAUCUGCGAGUUCGACACUAAACGGCCUGAUGCGUUGUCCACUGAGGAGUGGGCGAGUCUUCCGUCCGAAGUUCGCAAUCUUUGGCUUGAAACGUUGACCGGGGCUCCUGCUGACCUGCGCGUGAAUGGGUUUCGCGAUCAUGCGUGUUGGUCUAUGCUGGCUCGUAUAGCACUCAGAAAGCGCAAACUAUCUGCGGAACAUGCGGCAAACCUCGCCAAAGAACUUCUAUCUCCUGACAUCGCACAUCUGGAGCUUACGAAGGACGAUAUCCGGAACGCGCUGAACUCGGGCAAAGAAAAGCUUUUCGUAGUGAAGUUGGUCCCAACGAGCUUCAACACCGACUGGUAUCGUGAGCUCCAAGGCUUAGCUUCAGGCGAGAUUACGCCAAAGCCAAGAUGCGGCGACGAUCCUGCACGCAUUGAGAAACACAAGAACUCGAGGCGUUCGAUGCCCGCGCCCAAACGAAAGAGGCUGUCUCUGAAUAAGAUGCCCAUGGACGUGUACAGCUCGGAGUAG